UGGACAUUUCCCCUCAUUUUUUGAAACUUCAAAAUGACCUUCAAAAUUCAUUAAUUGAUUCCUAUAAUAAUUAGUAAUUUAAUACACUUCUCUGCUUCUUGUCCAGUUCGCCAAGAAAUCUUACUAAUUCAUAUUUGGACAAAAAAAAAAACAGUGAAAACGGAUUAGUGUGUGAGUGUGUGUUGUUGUUGUUGUUGCUGUAUAUAAGCAUUUACAGAGAGAAAAAAACAAAGAGUAGCGAGCGAAUGCGGGUUUGGUGAUGGCUUCAGGUAGAAAUGGCAUUCAAAGGGGACCCAAUCUUAGGCCGUCUUCUUCCUUUAAAUCCAAGCCUACGCCGUCAUCCUCCUCCCAUCUCCGCCGCAGCAGUCCUGCUUCGCUCGCCGGAGCUGACGCCGGUGAGUUCCCUCCCCUUUCUGCUUUCUUAGUUGUUACUUUACUUCCAACAGCCGCCACUCGACUUUGAUUGUUUGUGUACUGAGAAUGAGGUGGGAUCGUGGUUGCUAACUUAAAUUUGAAGUGGAAAGUAAAUUUUUUCUGUUAAUUGAAUCAGUAAAGUCGGGGGUUUUAUCAUGAGUUUGCUUGAAUAAAGGGAUCUUAGGAAUAAAUCUCUCCCGAGCAUAGGUGUUGAUAAGUUGAUUUUACAAUGUAGUUGCAGAAAUUGGUGCUGUAGUUGGGAAUGUUUUGGGGGUUGUUUUGGUUGGCCUUUUUAGGAUCUUUUUAAGAAGACAAGCAGCAUCAGGAACCUACUGUUCGAAUUAAUUGGGUCCGAAGGGAAAAAAAUGUCAGCCUGUAGGGUUUUUUGUUACUGUGGCAAGCUUUAAACUAUCUUAGGAGCAAGGGGGAAUUUUUCUGUGGAUCAUAAUGCUCCAUUGCCCUUCAUUGUCUUUCGGGUUGUGAUAUAUGUUCCCCGAUUUGACCUGUCUGUUAUCCGUCCCUUAAGUUGUAGAACAUGAUUGGAUAACUAGUAAAGUAUCUUAGGAGCAAGGGGGAGAUUUCUGUGGAUCAUGAUGCCCCGUUGCCCUUCAUUGUCUUUUGGGUUCCUUAUAUUUUCCCCCGUUUAAAUUUGUUUACUGUUUUUGUUUCUCACCGCCUAUUGUAGAACGUUAACGGAUAUAUAGUAUUUAUUACUUUCUCCCUUUUUUUCCUCUCUCUCUCUCUCUUUCUCUCUGUAUGUAGUGUCCGCAAGAGUAAGAGUUGCUGUACGAUUGCGACCUCGAAAUGCUGAAGAGUUGGAAUCUGAUGCAGACUUUGCCGAUUGCGUGGAACUGCAACCAGAGCUUAAAAGAUUGAAGCUUCGGAAGAACAAUUGGGACUCCGAUACCUAUGAAUUCGAUGAGGUGCUUACCGAAUAUGCAUCGCAGAAACGUGUGUAUGAAGUUGUUGCCAAACCCGUUGUGGAGAGUGUUCUUGAGGGUUACAAUGGCACAGUGAUGGCCUAUGGGCAAACAGGUACUGGAAAGACAUAUACUCUUGGAAGACUAGGCGAUGAAGAUACUUCUGCCCGUGGUAUUAUGGUUCGGUCACUUGAAGAUAUUUUUUCAAAUAUCUCUCAUGACACUGAUACGAUCUCUGUCUCUUACUUGCAGCUUUAUAUGGAAACCAUCCAGGAUCUUCUAAACCCAUCAAACGAUAAUAUAGCAAUUGUUGAAGAUCAAAAAACUGGUGAUGUUUCUUUACCCGGGGCAACUGUUGUGGAAAUUCGAGAUCAACAAAGUUUUGUGGAACUUUUACGAAUAGGAGAGAGUCAAAGGUUUGCCGCUAACACAAAGUUGAAUACUGAAUCUUCUCGCAGUCAUGCUAUUCUCAUGGUUCAAGUCAGGAGGUCUGUUGGUGGAAGAGAAACUGACUUUGCUUUGGAAAAUAAUGGUUCUAGCUCGACAAACAAUUUUAAGUCACCUAUGCUUCGGAAAGGAAAACUAGUUGUUGUAGAUCUUGCUGGUUCUGAGAGGAUCCACAAGUCAGGUAGCGAAGGACAUAUGUUGGAAGAAGCAAAGUCUAUCAAUCUCUCAUUAAGUGCAUUAGGCAAGUGCAUAAAUGCCCUGGCAGAAAAUAGUUCUCAUGUACCUGUUCGGGAUUCAAAACUUACCCGGUUGCUUAAAGAUUCGUUUGGAGGCACAUCAAGAACUUCUUUAGUCAUAACGAUUGGUCCAUCUCCACGCCAUAGGGCAGAAACAGCUAGCACAGUUUUAUUUGGGCAAAGGGCAAUGAAGGUGGAGAACAUGUUGAAAAUCAAAGAGGAAUUUGAUUACAAAAGUCUGUCCAAGAGGUUGGAAAUACAACUUGAGAAACUUGUUGCUGAAAACGAAAGACAGCAGAAAGCUUAUGAGGACGAAGUUGAAAGAAUUAGGUUAGAAGCGCAAACGCGGAUCUCUGAAACUGAGAGAGAAUUUGCAGAAGCUCUAAAGGAGGAGAAAAUGAAAUGCCAAAUGGAUUACAUGGAAUCAAUUAAAAAGCUUGAGGAGAAGUGGAUGCUCAAUCAGCAAAAACAUCCCAAAAAUGGUUUGGUUGGUGGUACUCAUGCUGCUCAGGAUGAUGUACCCACCAGCAGUGAGGAAGUCUCUGAAUUAAAAAGGUUGCUUCAGAAUGAAAUGAAUCAACGGAAGGCUGCUGAAGCUGAAAUGAAUAAACUUAAAGGUCGCCUGCUGAAUUCUAUGAAUCCUGAGUUGGCAGGUGGAGGUCCCGAUAUUUUUAACCUUGAGAAAGUUCUGGAAGAGGAGAGCCAACAAAAGAAGAAACUUGAAGAGGAAGUGAUGACACUGCGUAGUCAAUUGUCGCGGUUGACUAUGGAAGCUACUCAGGCUAGCAGCUGUAUAGAUAGAAGCAGAGUUGGAAAUGGCUUCACAGGUUUAGAUACCACAUCUUCUCUGAGACAUCUGCAGUUGGGAGACGGAAAUGAUGGAGAGAGGCCAUCCAUUUCCAAUCUCCAUGAAAAAGUUGGGUUGCACAAGAUACUGUCAUUGCUGGAAUCUGAUGAUCCCAAUGUGCGUAUUCAUGCUGUAAAAGUGGUGGCCAACCUUGCCGCUGAAGAAGCAAAUCAAGAAAAGAUAGUGGAGGCCGGUGGUCUCUCUUCUUUGCUAAUGCUCCUUAGAAGUUAUGAAGAUGAAACUAUUCGCAGAAUAGCUGCUGGUGCCGUCGCUAAUCUAGCAAUGAAUGAAUUCAACCAGGAGCUCAUAAUGGCUCAAGGUGGAAUUGGUCUGUUGGCGAUGACAGCAUCUGAUGCAGAGGAUCCACAGACAUUACGUAUGGUUGCUGGCGCAAUUGCUAAUCUGUGUGGAAAUGAUAAGUUACAAACGAGGUUGAGGUCUGAGGGGGGAAUCAAAGCUCUUUUGGGGAUGGUGAGAAGUCGUCAUCCUGAUGUUUUAUCUCAAGUUGCACGAGGGAUUGCAAAUUUUGCUAAGUGUGAAUCAAGAGCUGCUACUCAGGGUUCAAAACAUGGACGUUCUCUUUUAAUAGAGGAUGGUGCACUGCCAUGGAUUGUGCAGAAUGCUAACAACGAAGCAUCACUAAUCAGACGUCAUGUUGAACUUGCCCUAUGUCACUUGGCACAACAUGAGAUUAAUGCAAAAGACUUGAUCACCGGAGGAGCCUUGUGGGAGCUAGUACGCAUCUCGCGUGACUGCUCCCGUGAUGACAUUAGGGCUCUUGCUUGUCGGACCUUGACUUCUAGUCCAACCUUCUUGGCUGAACUGCGCCGGUUAAGGAUAGAGGUUUAGGUGCCUCACAGUGUUAUUAUUUUUUCGAAUUUGCACCUUUGGUCUUGCUUGCCAACUACUUUUUUGCCAUCUUUUUGAGCUACAGCUACAUCCAGAUGCAACCGGCGUUUACUCUAUAACUGUUUGGUGUGAGAUUUCGGUCUUAGGAAUUCGGGCUAAUAUUAUUAAUGAUAGGUUUGUAGUCUGAGUCUGAAUCUCCAGUCAUUUAUCAGUCAACCGUGGAUAUUUCACAGUUUUGGAAAAUUAGGCAGAGAAAGGAGGUUGCUUCCAGGUUCUUUGCAUGUAAGAUAGUUUAUUCUAUUUAUUGAUAGAUACGUUGAGCGAGAUGUGAAUCUAUAUACAAUCUUUUGAUAUUUUGUGUGGAAAUAUCAAGUAAUUCUGAAAAAAUAGAAAGUCUAUGCAUCCCUGUUGUUGUAUAUAGUACAGUGGCGUAAUUUUAUUCAACUUGGGAUCAGUGUAGCUCCUGGACCGUUCUUCUGUUAAUAGUACCAUGGACUCUCUUAUACUGCUCCAGUAGACUACUUUUUUUAUGCCCUC